AUGACAACUUUCUCAACUCUUCCUUCUACACUGGUCUUUGGACCGCACAAUGAGUUUCCCCCUGAAGGGAUACUUGAAGACUUACGACAAGAGCUCAAUACCAAUGAUCGACUAGCAGCUCUGAGAGAUGCCGUGAGCGACCUGCCCCGAUUCUGGAGAAGCCUUCUGAACUUCGACCCGGAGUUGCGUCAGGUUCCCGGGGAAAGCUUCCUAGGCCAACUCAAGCAGUGGCUAAGAGACGGCGGCUCCCUUCCAUACCACCAUGGCGACGCACCUAACCAUUACGGUCUCGCAGUCACUGUUCUCCUUCAGAUGAGCCAGUAUUCCCGCUACCUGGACCACCUAGGAAAUGAUAGCCAUAUUCAGAUCCUAAGAAGCGUCAACUCUGGUGGAAUCCAGGGGUUCUGCGCUGGAUUCCUCUGUGCUGUCGCCGUGGCAAGCGCAGCCACUGAAGCCGACAUUGGCGUCACUGCGGCUGUUGCACUGAGACUGGCUGUAUGUAUAGGCGCAUAUGUUGACCAGGAUGGCAUCUACGCCCAAAAGCACGAGCAAUACUCGUGUGUUGCUCUUCGCUGGAAGGAGAUCGACUCUGACAGCAAGGCUGAAGUCGCCAGAAUCAUUCAGUCGUUUCCAAAGGCCUACAUAUCCAGUGUCAACGAUGAAGCGUGCGUGACGGUAACUCUGAGAUCGGCUGAUGUGGAUGAGUUGAAUGAAAGGGCUCGCAUCGUCGGCCUUCGCUCAAAGACCGUCUCAGUGCGUGGCCGUUUCCACACCUCUGAACAUUCGAAUGCGGCGGCAAAACUCGCAGAGCUGGUCUUGCAGUCUGAAGACCUGAGACUGCCAGAUGUAGAGAUGCUUUCUGCACCUCUACGGUCCGCAGUUGACGGCAGAGUCAUCACCCAAGGCUCCCUGGUCCAACAUGUCCUGGACAACACGCUCCUGAAGGCUGUGGACUGGAAUCAAACACUCAGAUCUUCCGUUGGUCAGCUGGGCCGGGACAGGAAGACGGCGGCAUUUGCUGGGUUUGGGCAUCAUAUUCCCCCAUCUCUUGCCCUGGACUCAUCUCUCGAGAUCUUCACUCUGAGCAAAUUGGGAGCGACAAAGGCCAAUGGGCUCCCUAAUGGAUCCCAUAACCGGCCCGAAUAUCCUCCGCACUCCAUCGCUGUCGUGGGCAUGGCCGGCAGAUUUCCUGGUGCGGACUCGGUCGACGAGCUUUGGGAUCUGAUACUCGAAGGAAAGACGACAGUCGAGCCAGCACCGGUUGAGCGAUUGAAUUUAUCGCAAGCUGGCGACUUUGCAAAUACAAAGUGGUGGGGCAACUUCAUCCGGGACCCUGAUGCAUUCGACCACCGCUUCUUCAAGAAGUCUUCUCGUGAAGCUCUUGCUUGGGACCCACAACAGAGGAUCCUGCUCGAGGUCGUUUACACGGCUUUGGAGUCGGCAGGAUACUUCGGGCCUUCUUCGACAAAUGAACCACAGGACUACGGCUGUUACAUUGGAGCGUGCAUAAGCAAUUAUUACGACAACGUUUCUUGUCAUGCUCCCACCGCGUACGCUACCAUGGGAACAACGCGAGGUUUUAUCAGCGGUUGCAUGAGCCACUACUUUGGUUGGACAGGCCCCUCUUUGACCAUCGAUACCGCAUGCUCAUCCUCGCUCGUCGCUAUCAACACCGCAUGUCGGGCAAUCUGGUCUGGCGAGUGCUCCCGUGCCGUCGCUGGUGGCACCAACGUCAUUUCCAGUCCCUUCGACUACCAAAACCUGUCUGCGGCAGGCUUUCUCAGCCCGACUGGGCAGUGCAAGCCUUUCGACUCGGCCGCUGACGGGUACUGUCGAGGUGAGGGAGUAGCAGUCGUGGUUCUCAAGCGGCUGUCCGAUGCUAUCAAAGACGGAGACAACGUACUCGGCGUCAUCUCCGGGUCCGCGGCGAACCAGAAUCACAACGACAGCCUGAUCACGGUCCCCCAUUCAGGCUCUCAGUCUGAGCUUUACAGAGACGUGUUGAAGCUCAGCGGCCUUCGCCCAGAGUCUGUGUCGUACGUCGAGGCACACGGCACCGGCACGGGCGUGGGCGAUCCUGUCGAGGCUCGCAGCAUCCGUGAUGUUUUUGGCGGCCCUCAGCGAGACUCGGUCCUCCAUUUCGCGUCUAUAAAGGGGAAUAUAGGACAUACCGAAGGGACCGCUGGUGUCGCCGGCCUCAUCAAGGUGCUGCUGAUGAUGAAGCACAACUUGAUCCCCAUGCAAGCCAGCCACAGCACAAUGAAUCCCAAAAUACCACCGCUUGGCCCGGACAAGAUGGUAAUUCCCCGCAACGUUGUCUCAUGGGACUCUCCGUUCCGUGCUGCAUGCGUCAACAGCUAUGGAGCUGCUGGAUCGAAUUCGGCCUUGAUGGUCCUUGAAAAGCCAUCUUGCGAGACUCCAACGAGUCUCCCUAGUGCGUCUCGAUGGCCCCUGAUGAUCUCAGCCGGUUCUGCGAGCAGCCUUGCUACGUACAGUGGAAAGCUCCUUAAUUGGCUUCAGGACGGCAAAGUAAAGACCCAGGAUUUCUUGGCAUCUUUGGCCUUCAACCUUGCUGAUCGGGCCAAUCAUGCACUGCCGCACACCCUCGCGACAUCCGUGAGCAACAUCCAAGACCUUGCUUCUAAGCUUGAAGCAGCGGCAUCACAGUCUGCCACUAGUUCAUUGAUCACGGAGAGCCCUAAGCCUGUGAUUCUUGUGUUCGGAGGCCAGGAGAGCGACUUCAUCGGCCUCUCAGAAGACAUCUACCAUUCAUCGAAGGUGUUCCGUCACCAUCUGGAUACUUGCGACAGUCUCUUUGUUUCCAAGGGUCUGGACAGCUUCCUCCCUGUCAUAUUCCAACACAAACCCAUACAAAACCUGGUCACGUUGCACUCGGCCCUUUUUGCCACCCAAUACGCCUCUGCUAAGGCGUGGAUGGACAGUGGGCUGAAUGUCAGCGCCGUCGUUGGCCACAGCUUCGGCCACUUGGCCGCACUGUGCAUCUCUGGUGUUCUUUCUCUCCCCGAUGCCGUCACGCUGGUCGCGGGCAGAGCGGCACUCAUGAUGAAACAUUGGGGUGAUGAGCCAGGAAGCAUGAUGUUCUUGCAGGCAGAUCGCCAGACCGUCGACCAAGCGCUGCAGUCGUUGAACGACCACAAUGCAGAUAGCUAUGCUGAGGUCGCCUGCUGCAACGGCCCAAAGAGCCACGUUGUGGUGGGCUCUUCAACAGCGAUUUCUGCACUGGAACAGCACAUUGCGAACACGCCUGCACUUCGGGAUACAGUUCGCACCAAGAGGCUUCAAGUAACGCACGGCUUUCACUCAAGAUUUACUGAGCCCAUGCUACCUCACCUGAGUGAUUUGGCCAAGACGUUGGCAUGGAGGAGGCCAGAAAUCCACCUUGAAACCUGCGAUGAGGACGAAAGCAUUUCGGAGCCCGACUUUAGGAGUGUUUCGGAGCACACGAGACGGCCCGUCUUCUUCAAACAGGCGGUUGAAAGACUCAGCGACCGGUUCUCACAGAGCACAUGGAUUGAGGUUGGCCGCGGCUCAUCCGUAAUACAGUUGGCAAAAGGUUCUGUGCCAAGCGUCCAGGGGCACAGCUUCUUAUCACCACAGCUGACUACGCCCGACGCGCCUGGCUCUUUGACGAAUGUAACGGUCGACCUCUGGAAGGCUGGAUACUCCGUGCAGUACUGGCCAUUCCACAGAAGCCAGAAGCAAGAGUAUGCGCACCUGAGCCUCCCACCGUAUCAAUUCGAAAAGACUCGCCAUUGGCUUCCAUUCACAGGAAACCGCGCCGAGAAGAAAGUGGAGGCAGUGCCUGAAACCAAGCCAGGAGAGGCGCACGAGAUUCUGUCUUUCAUCCGCUUCGAUGACAGCCUGCAAAAAGAGGCAGUGUUCCGGAUCGAUCCCGAAGCCGAGCGCUUCAAGGUCAUGCUGGCCGGGCAUGUCAUGGCCGGGCAGGGGCUGUGUCCAGCGUCCUUGUACUAUGAACUUGUCUCCCGGGCAGCCAUGUUCCUCGAACCAGAAGCAGAGGUGUCAACUCAUGUGCCGACUGUCAACGACCUUACCAUGAAGUCCCCUAUCGGCGGAGAUGCCAGUGUUGAGAUCAGACUCAAGCUGAAGCGUGUCGAUGGGCUUCGUCCCUCGUGGCAAUUCUCAAUCACCACCCGAUCCAGCGUCAAUCCCUCGGCAGAUCCCUUCGAGGUUACCACGGGCCAAGUCUCCCUCAAGAGGAGAGAUGACGCCCAGGCUGUCAGCGAAUUCAAGAGGUUCGAGUCUUUGACGGGCAGUCGUCGAGUCGAAGAGGUGCUUAGGCACCCGGAUGCCGAGAAGAUGCAAGGCAAGCACAUAUAUCGUGCUUUCACCACUGUUGUUUACUACGGACCAGAUUUCCGGGGUAUCAAGCAAAUAGCCAGCGUGGGCAUGGAAGCCGCCGGGAAGGUCGUCAUCACCCCUGACAUGGACGGCCCGGCAGACCAGCGUCUCUGUGACACCCCGAUGACUGACAGCUUCAUGCAGUUCGCCGGGUUCCUGGUGAACUACUUUAACAACCCAAGCCUGGAAGAUGUCCUCGUCUGCGGGAAGAUCGAACACAUCGAAAUAGGCGGUAGCUUCAACCCGGACGCAGGGGAAUGGGUCGUGUACGCCAACAUGACGGAGGGCGGCGAGACUGACAUGUCUGCUGAUGCGUACAUCUUCGAGGCUGAGAGCAAGAAGAUGGUCAUGGCAGUGUUUGGUUUGCGAUUCAACAAGAUGCCGCAGGCAUCACUUGCACGGAUCUUGCGGAGUGUCAACAAGGCCGCAGAACCAACCGCAACAGGCCCUCACAAGCGUGUGGCAACUGCGGUUGACGUGCCAGUCACGCCUACUCCGGCUGCAUCGAGCAAGAAAUCUUCCAGCAAGCGUUUAGAGCUAUUUCAGCUCCUAUCCAGUAUCACCGACUUUCCGCUGGAAGAGCUGAAGGACGGCACGACGCUGGAUGACCUCGGGAUUGACUCGCUCAUGGCCACCGAAGUGCUCAACAAUAUUAGAUCUGUCUUCGGUGUGACCAUCGACCUGACCAGCUUCCUGUUCUUCGCCGAUCUUGGGGCUCUUGCCGCUCACGUCGACGAGAAGCUGGGUCUCACCGGUCAGGACGAUGCCUCGGACGCCGUUCCGACGCCCGCAUCCUGGGACAUGGUUUCCACGCGUUCCUCGAGUCCAGAGCUGAUCAAGUCGGACGAAGACACGCCCAAGACAAGCUCGACCGCCACCUCAUUAGCUUCCUCGACUCCGGCCAAGUCAGGGCCAGCGAUGAAUGUGGAACGGCCCACCAUCACUUCUGCAGCCGGUGCGUUUCAGGAGAUAAGGCUCCGCUACGACCAACUUGCCGAGGGUUCCAAAGCCCUGGAAUUCUGGUCUCAAGCGUACCCACACCAGGCACGCCUAGUCCUGGCGUAUGUCGUGGAAGCGUUUGCGAAGCUGGGGUGCGACAUGAGGAAGCUGUCUUCGGGUGAUGACAUUCCUGAAGUGCGGGCAUUAGACAAACACAAACGGCUCAUCCGCCAACUGUUCCGGGUCCUCGAGCACGGGAAGCUCAUUUUCCCGUCCACGGAUGAAUCAUUCGCACGAACAGACACACCAGUGGAUCCUCUCGAUGCCGAAUCUAUUUACCAACAGAUCAUUGACCUCUAUCCUCAGCACGCGAGCGUGAACAAAUUGGUGCGUAUCGUCGGAUCCAAGUUAGCUGCCUGUUUGGUCGGCGAAACGGAUGGAAUACAGACGGUCUUUGGUAAUAAAGAGGCCAAGAAGAUAUUGGAAGACAUAUACGAAUUCUGGCCGCUGUUCCGGACGCCAACUCUGGUCCUUGGGGACUUCAUGACCAAGGCCUUCACCAGCGCGACUGGCAGCGGAAAAUUCAAGAUCCUGGAAGUUGGAGCCGGAACGGGAGGCACGACUCGAUACAUCAUCAACCAUCUCAAAAGCCAUGGGAUCCCAUUCGAGUACGUUUUUACCGAUGUGUCGUCGUCGCUCGUGGCCGCCGCGAGGCAGCAAUUCAAGGGAGUUGAGGGCAUGUCUUUUGAGGUCCUCGACAUCGAGCAGGCACCGAAGCCAGAGCAUGAUGGCGCGUUCCACUGCAUCCUCGCCACCAACACCAUCCACGCAACCAGAAACCUCGACGUUUCCCUCCGCAACCUACGGAGCAUGCUCCGUGAAGACGGGGCGCUGACGCUCGUCGAGAUCACGAGGCAGGUAUUCUGGCUGGACGUGGUAUUCGGCCAGUUCGAAGGGUGGUGGCUGUUUGAAGACGGGAGGUCCCACGCCCUGAUCGACGAGCAGUGGGAGAGCCGGAUGCGGGCGGCUGGUUUCAACGAGGUGCAGUGGUCGGACGGCGCAUGCCCCGAGUCAAAGACGGUGCGUCUCAUCGGUGCAUUUCCGUCCAAGAAGGCUGUGAAGAAGACGGCAAAUAUCAAGGCCGCCCUCGAGACGGUUGUCUACAAGCGGAUAGGUGAGUUGGAUGUCCACGCCGACGUGUACUAUCCCGCCGCCGGAGAGCUCCCCAAGGGGAAAAUGCCAGUUGCCUUGAUGAUCCACGGUGGCAGCCACAUCAUGUUCACUAGGAAGGACGUACGGCCACCCCAGACACGACUCCUUCUCGAGAGGGGAUUCAUCCCAGUUGCCCUAGACCACAGACUUUGCCCUGAGGUUUCGCUCUCCGAAGGUCCGAUGGUGGACGUCUGCGACGCCCUCGAAUGGGCCCGUAACACGCUGCCUAAUAUCCGACUGAAAAGGGCAGGCCUGCAGGUCGACGGCGACAGGGUAGUGGUAGUGGGGUGGUCGUCUGGCGGACAGCUCGCCAUGUCAACGGCAUGGACAGCACCCCAGCGUGGCUUGCGCCCACCGGAGGCGAUCCUUGCAUUCUACUGCCCCACGAACUACGAGGAUGAAUGGUGGAGAAAUCCGAUCCAGCCCGUCGGGGCCGAAGACACGGGGAUGGAGUACGACGUGCUCGAGGCCGUGCAGGACAAGCCUAUUACAAACUACGGCCUCGUAGGCGCCUGGGAACCACUCUCCGAUCCACGAAUCUUGACAGACGCGCGCUGCCGCAUCGUGCUUCAUAUCAACUGGAAGGCCCAGACGCUCCCCAUCAUCACCGGCGGGCUUCCGAGCAGGAAGGAGGCCAACAAGUCUCCCGACAAGACCAAUUGGCAUGCUCUCCCCCAGCCAUCGCUGGAAAAGAUCAGGGCUGUCAGUCCGAUGGCUCACGUUCGUGCGGGGAACUACAAGACGCCUACGUUCUUGAUUCAUGGGACAGCCGAUGAUCUGAUCCCUUGGCAACAGAGCCAGGGCACAUACGAGGCCAUGGUGGAGAAAGGAAUCCCCGUCGAGCUGGCCCUUGUUGAAAGCGCUCCACACAUCACCGAUCUAAGCAGCAAUCCCGAUUCAAAGGGAUGGCAGGCGGCCGUUCGGGGUUCAACCCUCGGUUCUAGUCCCAUUGACUCAGCAAACGCAAACAUCAUGCAGUUCAAGCUCUCUCCCAUCGUGGCCUUGCUGCUGCUCCUCUUCGCUGGCAACGCCUUGGCCAACUACGGCUGCUAUGGCGGCGGCAAGACUUGGAGUGACAUUGCAAACGACGAUGAGGUCAACGACGCCUUGGCUACCCUCUGCGGGAAGCUUUCUGGAAGCUACAUGUUCUACGUCGAGAACGCGCACUGCCAGAAUGUCAACGGUUAUGGCAUCCACGGCUCCAUCCUCGUUACAGAUGGCCCACACGGCAAACUCGGCGCGGACGUGAGCCGGGAAGCCUGCAUGGAUGUGGUCAAGCAGGUCAAGGACAAGUGCCCACACGGUGGCGAUCGUGGACGACUCGUGUCCCACCCCAACAACUACGGAGGUGACUGGUUCAGGGCCAAUGUCAUCCUUGAUCCGGAUUCGGGCGGCUGUUGA